CUUCCGUGUAAAAUGCAUGGAUGACUCGCUCCAGCUCAACUCUCCGGUGUAGCUUGCUCGCUAGCAGCAAGAGGAGUCGGUAAACUGACUGCUCCCGUCCCGUUUGUCCAAAUGGAUUAUACACCAACUCAAAGUGGGUUCAGACAGCGUAAGUUACAGCCUAAUAUGCGUCUAAGGAAUAGCUCCGUGGACGGUGUAGAAGGCAGCCAGCUGUUUGAGGAUAUGAGUGGGGCUGCACAUGGUCUACAGACAGGGUACAGUAACCAACAGGCCGGGCCUCAACCAGCAGGAUUUUCUGGCCAGUCCAUCCUGUCGGAUCCCAUGUCUAACCUGGCCAUGGCAUAUGGCAGCUCACUGGCAUCCCAGGGAAGGGAAAUGGUGGACAAGAAUCUGGACAGGUUCAUCCCAAUUUCUAAGCUGAAGUAUUACUUUGCUGUGGAUACAAUGUACGUUGGGAAGAAGCUGGGCCUUCUAGUUUUCCCUUACAUGCACGAGAACUGGGAGGUGAGCUACCAGCAGGACACUCCUGUGGCUCCACGCUUUGAUGUGAACGCUCCUGAUCUCUAUAUUCCCGCCAUGGGCUUCAUCACAUACGUCCUGGUGGCUGGACUGGCCCUCGGCACACAGAACAGGUUUUCUCCUGAGCUGCUGGGAGUUCAGGCCAGCUCAGCAUUGGUGUGGCUGAUCAUGGAAGUCCUGGCGGUCCUGCUGUCUCUCUACCUUGUGACCGUUAACACUGACCUCACGACCAUUGACCUCCUGGCCUUUUCCGGUUAUAAAUAUGUUGGGAUGAUCGUAGGGGUAGUAGCAGGCCUGUUGUUUGGGAGGCCAGCGUACUAUCUCUCUCUACUGUGGUGCUGUGCCGCCAUCUUUUUUUUUAUGAUCAGAACCCUGCGUCUGAAGCUGUUAUCUGAAGCGGCGGCAGAGGGGAGACUGGUGAGAGGAACCAGAAACCAGCUGAGGAUGUACCUCACCAUGUCUAUAGCAGCAGCACAGCCCAUCUUCAUGUACUGGCUCACCUACCACCUCAUCAGAUAAACCCCACACACUCAUUGUGUAGAUGAACUUGGCUGUCCGAAGGUUACGAAGGCCAUCGUAACCUCCUUAAAAACUCAACACAGACACACACACAUCAAAGAAGCUGGACUUGGAUGAAACGUAUAACAACCACAGUUGUCUGGAAAAUAUCCCACCACUUCCCAGACAUUGAGAUGUACUUACACUCACAAGACUCACACCAUGUAUGCAUGGAGCAAAACACAUGCUACAAGACGAUUAGGAGAGGAAGUGAGGCACUACUGCCUUUCUUUCUCACAGCACAGCCCUGAGACAUUAGUAUUGCCUUUUUUUGUAUGUAAUGUCUUCCAUGUGUAAAAAAUGUAAGUGGCUUUAAGUUGGUUUUCUAUACUUUGUAAUUAUUUGUUAAUUAUGUUUUUUAGUAAUAUUUAAGUAUGUUUGUGUAUAGAAAACUUAUUACAGAUGUUGCUCUGGUCUGAUAUUUCAUGUGAUCUUUCUGAGCCGACUAAAGAAAGGACUCUAACCUUAUACAAACCGUCCAUUUAAUGAUGAGAAAUAAGUCAAAUCCAGGUUUAAAAGAGGCUCUGCUUCGAUUUUUGACAAAUUGUUUACUUCAUGGCUGAGAGAAACACUUGUUCUGUCAUUAUUGAAACUUGAAACAAGGGUCAUCAAACUGGUGAGUCAGUGUGGUCGAAGUAACCCCUCAGUUUUAUCUGUUUCAUUGUUUUGUAUGUGCUUUGAUACAUGUAAGAGCUUUGCUGCCUGACAAUUCUUGAAUAGAAACAAACGGUUUGUAAGCCACGACAUGAGGAUGUAGACCUCACGAUUAAAUGUCGAGUUAACUUUGAUAACCUUUUUAAAAAAAACAAGUACAUUUAGUGCUUUUCAUAUUGAAAGUUGUACAAAAAGGGGGGGGGGGGAUGGUUAGUUCUGAGAAAAUUGUUUAGUCUCUUUGAGACACUUGAAAUAUGACAAAUAUUUUCUUGUGCUUUAAUGUGCUUGUUAUUCAUUGAAUGUCACAGCUUUUUUUAUGUUGCCAAUGUCAGCUCGAACCCAGGUAGGAAUCCAUUUAUUUAAAUUAAUUCUGGAAGCUAUUCAAAAUUCAGGAUUUUAGCAUUUUUCCACAGAAUAUAUAAUUAUGAGGUGCCAAUAAAACUUUUUUCCAAUUCA